CCUACCUGUUCCUCCCCCUCCAGUCCGGGUACUGGGCCAGUCUAUCUGAUUGGCCCAUAGGUGACUCUUCAGAGUGCGGGCACGACGGUGCAUGCCACUGCUCACUCGAUCACAAACCAAGGCCAUGGACCGGAAGAAGGGAGAAUCCCUCCUGGCCUAUGAGGAACGCCUGGCGGCAUUCAUCCUAGAGGCCAACGAUAGGGCCGCCGUCGCGGCCAAGGAACGUAAUCGGAUUGGGCAUGAAGAGGAGGCCAAGCGACAGAAGGAGGAACAGGACCGACUUCGUCAAGAGGAGGCAGACCUGCAGGCGGCAGCUGAACACCGAUCACGCCAGCGGGAACGACUGUUCACGCGGGAGACCGCGAUCGACGAUGAGACCGCACAUUGGGUGGAAAUGGCAUCUACAGACGGGGCACCGGAGAUUGACAAAGGGUUGUCCGCCGUUGCCCAGAUCUCCCACGACCUCGUGGCCACCGGCGUUCUGCAGCAGGAGGAAAUCCUUCACGUGCAGAAGACAGUGGACCAUAUGCUUACACGGCUGCAGGCGUUGGAGAAACAGCCAGCUGCUGUAGCAGCCGCAGGGCCUUCCAACCUUGCCACCCGCGUUCAAGUUUUGGAGGAUGACGUCAACAACAUUAAGCGUGUGCAUCAGGAUUUCUGGACGUCGCAGCAAGCAACGAACUUGCAGUUGGAGACRCAGGUCCAGGCUGCUGCUACCGUGACGCCCGMGRCCGCAUCCUCCCGACGCCCACCCAAACWGGAUGACAUUCCAAUUUUCUGCGAUCAGUCCAAGACGGAACCGAUCCCGUGGUGGCGUCAGUUCACUCUCAGGCUCGACAUGCACCAUGUCCUGAACAACGAUCGA